AUGCCUCUGCCAAAAUGCCUCAGGCGCCCGGUAGUGCGUCCAGCCGCGUCCGCGGGCCAAUCGCAACGGAAAAAGUGUCGCAUGUGCAACCAUCUCGACCCGAGAGGCCACGCCAACUCCGUCUACGAAACUGAGGCUGUGAAAGAGCCUCGUGCGAGUUUGAGCCUUGUGCUGGAUGCGUUGAGCCUCGCAAAGGUCACGGAAAGUGGGUGUAGAUUUUGCUAUGUUGUGGUCCUUGUGCUAGAUGCUUUCUUCAGUGGAUGGAGAAGUGCAAGAGCUAGAGUGCAUGUUGAUAUUAAAGAGAAGGCUACAAUUAAGAUUACGCUUGGUGGGAAGCGCUGGAAGGAUGAGAUUGCGGAGAUUUAUGCCGCACCAGCGACACGUCCUCCAUGGCCUACUCUAGGCUCUGCCCACCACAUACCGGUCAACUCAGGAUCUGAUGACACUUUCAACUUCAUUAGACGUUGCAUAACAGGUUGCAUCGGGAACCCAAAACAUACAGCAUGCAAGUUUCCUUGUCCUUCGGCUUUCUCGCCUCCCAAACGUCUCCUCGACGUAGGCAAGAGUUCUUCGCCAAUCAGGCUCAUCGACACACAAUGCAAGAACUUUCAGUAUGCUGCUCUGUCGCAUUGCUGGGGAUCCUCCCAGCCGCUAGUUUCAACAAAAGAAACCUGGCCUAAAAUGUCGGUCAACAUGUCCUUUGAUACCUUUCCACCGCUAUUCCAAGAUGCCAUCAUUAUCACCCGUCAGCUCGGCUUACGCUACUUGUGGAUCGAUAGCCUUUGCAUUAUUCAAGAUUCAGUUCGAGACUGGGAGACCGAGUCAGCGAAGAUGGGGAGCAUCUACCAAAACAGCUACAUCACUAUUGCCGCAACGCAGUCUGCGAAUAGUAGUAUACGAUGCUUAGUCGAAAGGCGAAAGCCUGUGAAAAUACCAUACAACAACACCACUGGAAAACAAUUUGCGCUGAGAGCGCGAAAGAUCCUGGACCAUCAUCCAAGCCAUGCCCCUGGCGGAGGUCCUGCAAAACCAGUUGGUCCACUUAUGUCACGUGCCUGGGCGCUCCAGGAGCAUGUUCUCAGCACAAGAAUACUACACUACACCGCAACAGAAUUGCUAUUCGAGUGCAAAACUUCGUAUCGAUGCGAGUGUAUGCCGGAGCGCAGGGCCUACCCCACCACGCCCUCCCUGAUCCCAAAAGCGGUGGCUAGCAAGAAAACAGAUGCCGUGUGGCAGGCGUGGCAACGCAUCAUCGAACAUUACACUGCACGCCAUCUCACCGUUGCUACAGACAAAUUCCCUGCAAUAUCUGGUAUCGCGAGUAAGAUUAGAAAAGCAACACACUCUGAAUAUCUCGCCGGACUCUGGAAACACAACUUGGCUUCCGACAUGCUAUGGCAUGCCAAUCGGUCAAAUACUGCUUGUCCAAAUAAUUUUGCGCCAGAUAAUUGGCGUGCCCCUUCUUUCUCCUGGGCAAGCUUAGAUGUGCCUAUAACAUAUACGCUGCUGGAUGAAGAGGAGCGCGAAACAUUUAAACCCAUAGUAACUAUUGUCGAUUGCAAGGUCACUCCUACUGGGCUCAACCCACUAGGUGCCAUUUCUAGCGGCUCUCUUACUCUGCGGGGUUCCACAAUAUCUUGCAUGUUGUCUGCGGAAAAGAAUCGCGGGGCAUGGGAGUACGAUCUUAUCAUCAAGGGCACGAGUACCAUACGUAUGACACAUGACUCCUUACUCUCUGCAGCGAAGUUUGAGGAUAGUAACGGAGAAAAGCAACUGACGGUGCGUCGAGCGCUGACUACUGACACCGUAUGUCGGUUUGAGGGGACGGUCAUGUGCUUGGGCGUUGCUCGGUACGACAAUGUUGUUGCGGGUCUUGUGCUGGGGAUGUCGGCUCAGCACUCCCCAGCGUGGGAGCGACUCGGCACUUUUGCAGCAGGCACGGAAACGAUUGAGCGGUGUGAAGAGAUGGAUUUGGUUCUUGUGUGA